AUGGGUGACUCCGAUUUCAUAGCUUUUGGAUGCCCCGAGAGUAAGAAAGUUUAUGAGCUAAUUAAAGAGCACAAGAGUUACAAAAACGUGAUCAAAGAGGAGGAGACAAAGAGGGUGCAAUUCCAGGACAGUCUAAGAGCUCUAGUGGCGUUUAAGCACCAACUCAUCUAUGACUUCACACAAGGAAAUGUUAGGCACUUGAAUCCAACUUCUCAGAGCCUUGAUGGAUGUUGUGUAUGA